AUGGCCUCCACCGACAGAGAUACCUUGCCUGACGUGGCCAAACCAACCAACUACCAUGUCUCGCUUUUCGACUUGCAGCUCGAGGGCUCGUGGGGAUACAAGGGUCUGCUGAAGAUCGAUACCAAGGUCACUCGUACCACCAAGGAAAUUGUGCUGAAUGCCAAGGAGAUCGAAGUUCAGAGUGCCGAAGUACUGGGAGAGGAUGGUGCUCUUUUGGCAAAGGCUUCUGAUAUCACCUACGACAAGACGUCCGAACGAGUAUCUUUGAAGUUCUCGCAGGAACUUGCACCUUCCGAUGUGGUCCUGUCGAUCAACUUCACUGGCACUAUGAACAAUGCUAUGUCGGGCUUUUACCGAUCCAAGUAUACGCCCGUGGGGGAACCGGCCGCUGAUACGCCCAAGGACGGUGACUUUUACUAUAUGCUGAGCACCCAGUUCGAAUCUUGCGAUGCCCGGAGGGCCUUCCCUUGCUUUGAUGAGCCAAACCUGAAGGCCACUUUUGAUUUUGAAAUAGAAAUCCCCAAAGGCCAGACUGCUCUCAGUAACAUGCCUGUUCAAUCCGAAAGAGACGGAAGUCAUCCCGGACUCAAGUUCGUCACGUUUGAGAAAACACCCGUCAUGAGCACUUACCUCCUCGCUUGGGCAGUAGGUGAUUUCGAAUAUGUUGAGGCCAUGACAGAGCGCAAGUACCAGGGAAAGAGCAUCCCUGUCCGGGUCUAUACCACUCGGGGUCUCAAAGAGCAGGCUCGCUUUGCUCUCGAAUGUGCUUCUCGGACAGUUGAUUAUUUCUCGGAAAUUUUUGAGAUUGAAUAUCCGCUUCCUAAGGCUGAUCUCCUGGCUGUGCACGAGUUUGCCAUGGGAGCUAUGGAGAACUGGGGACUGGUCACCUACCGGACCACUGCCGUUCUUUUCGACGAAGGAAAAUCAGACAACCGGUACAAGAACCGGAUUGCUUAUGUAGUCGCUCACGAGCUGGCUCACCAGUGGUUCGGCAACCUUGUCACCAUGGACUGGUGGAAUGAGCUUUGGUUGAACGAAGGGUUUGCAACCUGGGUUGGUUGGCUUGCCGUGGACCACUUUCACCCGGAUUGGAACAUCUGGUCUCAGUUUGUCGCUGAGGGUGUGCAACAAGCAUUCCAUCUUGACUCGCUACGAGCCUCCCACCCUAUCGAGGUGCCAGUCCGGAACGCCCUCGAGGUGGACCAGAUCUUUGAUCACAUCAGCUAUCUCAAGGGAAGUUCGGUAAUUCGCAUGCUGAGUGUUCACCUUGGCCGCGAGACAUUCCUCCGGGGUGUCGCUGACUACCUUAAGUCUCAUGCAUACGGAAACGCGACUACGAAUGAUCUGUGGUCUGCUUUGAGUAAGGCUUCUGGUCAAGAUGUGCACGGAUUCAUGGAUCCCUGGAUUCGCAAUAUUGGUUUCCCAGUCGUCACUGUGACAGAAGAACCCGGUCAGAUCAGUGUUCGUCAAAAUCGAUUCUUGUCGACCGGAGACGCGAAGUCCGAAGAGGACGAGACCACUUGGUGGAUUCCUCUAGGAAUCAAGUCCGGCCAAAACCUAGCUACUGUGGAUACCCGUGCCCUGACCCAAAAAUCCGACAAUGUGUCAGGCAUCGGAGAGCAUACUUUCUACAAGAUUAAUAAGGACCUGGCUGGUUUCUACCGGACAAACUACUCUCCUGCUCGCCUAGAGAAGCUGGGUCAAUCCCUUGAGCUUCUGAGCACUGAAGAUAAGAUCGGAUUGCUGGGAGAUGCCGCUGCUCUUGCAGUUUCUGGCGAAGGCUCUACACCAGCCCUGUUGGCUCUUCUGGAAGGGUUCAAGGCGGAGACAAACUAUCUUGUCUGGUCGCAGGUGUCUUCAUCUCUGGCAAACCUCCGCUCUGUUUUCUCCCAAAACGAACCUGUGGCAGAGGGAUUGAAGAAAUUCACCAAGAACUUGGCUUCUCCGGCCGCAGAGAAAAUUGGCUGGGAAUUCCAACCCAAUGAGGACUAUCUCACUGUUCAGCUCCGCAAGCUGCUGAUCGCUAUGGCUGGUAAUGCUGGUGAUGAAGGUAUCAUCGCUGAAGCCAAGAGGCGAUUCGACCUGUGGGCCACAGGCCAAGACAAGAAUGCCAUCCACACCAAUCUUCGAUCAGUGAUCUUCAGCCUCAAUGUGUCGGAAGGCAGCCGCAAAGAAUAUGAUGCUGUCAAGGCUGAGUACCUGCGCACCGAUUCUGUUGAUGGCAAGGAGAUUUGUCUGGCUGCCAUGGGACGCACCAAGGAACCCGCACUUGUGACGGACUACUUGGACUUCGUUUUCUCUGACAAGGUAGCCAUCCAGGACAUGCACAGUGGUGCAGUGUCUCUGGCUGCCAAUUCCCGGGUCCGACACCUGCUGUGGGAGUACAUUAAGACGAACUGGACAUCGGUGGAAGCCCGACUGUCCUCUAACAAUGUAGUCUUUGAGCGAUUCAUCCGCAUGGGUUUGUCCAAGUUUGCUGAUCACCAGAUUGGGGAUGAUAUUGCCACUUUCUUCCAGAGCAAGAACACUGGUUCUUAUGAGCGUGCUCUCGUCAUUAUCUCUGAUAACAUUCGUACCAACGCCUCCUACAAGGAGCGGGACCAGGCGCUGGCUCUUGAGUGGCUGCGGGCCCAUGGCUUCGCAUGA